AUGACUCGAAAUUUUAGUUCACCAUUAUUCAAACAAUUACCAAAAUUUAAACAAUCACCAAUAUUUAAAAGACCAUAUGCUACAAGAUUAGCAGAAGAUUCACCGUUUGAUCAUUUACCAAAACAUACCAACAAGAAAUGGAUAAAUUGGAAAACAACUACAUUAUUCUUCUUAUUAGGAAGCUACUUAUCAUAUAAUGAAACAUUAUUCAAUUUAUAUGAAUCAAUGACUUCUAUAGAUUAUGAUGAUUCAAUACCUAAAAAUAACACAAUCCCCAUUUUAAAAUUAGAAUAUCAAUUAAAAAAUCUACCAAUAUAUCAAAAGUUGAACCACCCAAAAAACAAUCAUCAAUGGUAUAAACUAUCAAGUUGGGAAAAUCUAGAUAGAAAUGUUUUAGAUAAUCAAGAUUUUAAAUCAAAUACAAGUAUAAAAAAUCAAGAUGAAUAUAAAAAACCAGAAUUAACAAAUCAAACUCUUAAUAAACCAGGUGGAAUCUUGAUAAAACCAGUUACUUUCCAUAAUAUAGAUACAGAUGAAGGAAUAUCAAUAAUUCAUGCAGGUUAUAGAUUAUGUGGUUAUCCUUUUAUAAUUCAUGGAGGAAUAAUAGCAACUUUAUUAAAUGAAACUUUUAAAAGAAAUGCUUCAUUAAAUCAAUCAACUACAUCAAAUUUAAAAGAUGAUUUUAAAGUUGAAAAUUUAACAAUAAAUUAUAAAAAUCCAACUUUUGCUAAUCAAUUUUUAAUUAUAAAAACUAAACAAAAACCAUCUCCUGAAAAUGAUAAAAGAACAAUUGUUUUAGAAAGUAUUAUUGAAAAUUCAAAGGGUAAAGUAUUAGUUAAAAGUGAAGCUCUUUUACAUGAUACUGGAAGAGCAUCUAAAAAAUCUUUACAAGCUGCUAAAAAAAGUUGGUGGUGA